AUGAGCGAGGGCGCGGACGUGAUUGGCGACGUCAUCGUGUGCCCACUUCAUGGCUCUUCCUUCAAGGUGACGACUGGCGAGUUGUUGGACUGGUGCGUCUCCCCUCCUGUCAUCGGCCCGCUGACCGGCCUGAUCGUUGAGAAGAAGAAUCUCCUGGUCUUUGAGGUGCGACAGGGUGGCUUCCUUGGCUCCGGAGAUGUGGAGGUGUUGGUGGACACCAACGCCAAGAAGGCGUAUGAGGCCUGGUACUGGAAGGGCCUUCUGGACGCACAGGGCAAGGAUGAUGGAACCUACUACUGA